ACUCGCGAGGGAACAUGAGGACAUUAUGUGUACGGUCUCGCGCCUCUCCUCCACCUGUUUGAGUAUUCUCUUGUUAUCGUUCUUUCAGCCGGAUUGGUGAUCCACAGCUCCUAAUGAAAGCUAAUUAACGCAGAACCGGCAGUGGUCCAGUCCUGACGUAAUAUGUUGCCUGUCGUACUGGCUGUGCUUCCCAGACCGCCUCCCACUUGCUCCGCUCUCCUCAAAUCAAGGACAAUUAGUCGAUCGAUUAUACGGGAAUGAGGCUAAACGCUCGCGUCCGAUUGCGGCGUGCUCGAUCAUAUCUGCCACGUGGCGACGCAGACAGGCCAUACUCCAGUACACUACAGUUGGUGCAGCGAAUCAGUUCAGUUCAUCCCUCGCACUUAACGACCUGAGGGCCUUGCGAGCGAGCGAGGAAAGGAAAGCACCAGUCUAACAGGCGACGUGUACAUGUACGAACGUCCCCUCCCCUCCCCUUGUGAUAGUCACCACUCGUUGCGAGCAGUGCUCGCUAUUAGUGACCACUGCUGCGUUCUAACUCCCCUUCCCAUUGUCCACGCACACAACUCACGAAGCUAACCGAUAGUCAUGACGUGCUGUAUUCUCCCCCCUCCCAUGGAUGGCCCUCAAAGCUCCAAGUCUAGCAGACUCUAGCUCGAGUCCAAAUCACUUUCCGCGAUGUGCGGCUCCGAGUCCACUGCCGCUCUCCCACUUCGCGCAGAGCAUUCACGCUGUGCUUUUCGCGUCAGAUAGCUCCGACUUCGACCUAGUACAGUAUUGAAUACUCGGCGGUCAGUUUGGGAUCGCAACAGACUUCACUGCAGCCUCGUUUCCUCCGCGGAGUCCGAGAAAUUCGCGUUCCUACUACUAGGAACCCCGUCGACUAGUAGACAUUCCAACUCUUCACACUGCGAUACUCCCGACUGUCGGACGUCCCGUCUCAGCCGAUCACGCGAAACCUCGGGAAAAUAUUAUCCGACGCCGCUUUCAGAGCCAAUUUCAGUCAGAGGUUUCAAUGGAGUGCCGUGGUGAUGUCGGCGAUGGAGGCGAUGGCUGCGACGCGUUGGCGAUGCUGUCGCAUGAGUGGAGCGACCACGACCUCAGGCUACUUCUCGCCGCACACGAAACUCUUGAUUCGCCUGAUUUCGCCGAAGUUUUCGCUAAUGGCGACGGCUCUGCUCAAGCUGCCGUGACACUCGCCACUACGCCGUUAUUUCAAGUUGACGCAGCAGCACCCGUGUGUGCUGACGUGUCCCAGCCGCUGACCACUCCAGCUGAUUUGGCAGCGCUGACGGAGUCGUUGUGGGCUGAGCUGGCAGCAAUGGACGGCGAUUUCCGCGCUGCCACGUGGCUGGAUCCCGAGCCAGCCGGUCCUUCCAGCUGGCAGCUGAUUGAGAACCUUAACUCGGCGCGCUUUGGUUCAUGGAGCCAGGCUGACUCACACCAUCCCUUCGCAAAAAUAUUCCCUCCGACAGCAGCAACUAUGGCUGGUAUCGGCGGCGCGAUUUCCGCUGGCAUUGGUAUCAGUACUCCUGUCAGUAGCAGACCAAGUGGUGACGUCAUCAUCCCUUCCCACCCACUUUCCGUUCCUCGGGAUGAGAGGUUCGGAUGUACCAUACCUCGGGAUGAUCGAGGUGCAACACCCGUGCGUACUAUCAGCGAGAUGCAGAGAGAGUGGAGGCUCGGAGUGCCUCCUCCUCCUGCUGCUGCUGCUGCUGCUGCUUCUGCUGCGCCAGCCGCGUCUGCUCCGAAUUGCCACUUUAUCGAAGGGUUUAACUUUGCUGACGUGACGACGUCUGCUGGAAGACGCAGCAGUGCCACCGGGAGUGCUGCGUCUGCUGCUCUUUCUGCUGCUGCUGCUUCUCGUGCUCCUGUCACACCUAGCACCGCAGCAGUCUCAGCCCCUGCAGCAGCAGCAACAGCAACAGCAACAGCAGCACCAGCAGCAGCAGCAGCAGCUAAGUCGCAGGCAGUAAAUCCUGCUCCUGGCAGCGGCAAGACGGCCAGGGAGGCUGUGAGCAGCACCAGCAGCAGCAUCCGGGGGACGGUCAUGGCGUCUCCCAGCACCACGCAGCCUGCUGCCGCUCAUCCGCCCCUUAGUAGGCCCAGCAGCAGGUCUAUCGCCUGCAGGAGCAGUGCAAUGCGGUACAGAUGGCACAGCAGCGGGAGCCUGGAUUUGGUUCGAUGUGCACCGGACGAGACGCUCACGAAGCAGCAGCAGCAGCAGCAGCAGCAGCAGCUAAGCCCGAAACUCAACCCGAAUCUGAGUCCGAGCCUCGGCGGAGAACAGGGACCGGACCUUAGCCCGAGGCUAACUCCGAAGCGCAAGCGAGCCUCCCUUAAAGGCGACCCGAUUGGUCCGUCCUGCCUGUCCCAAAGCCUCCCAGCCAACAGCACCCUCUGCAGUGGCCCCCAUACAGUCACACGCAGGGAUGCCACAUUCCGUGCAGUCACAGGGAAGGACGUUGCUACCUUCCAUACAGUCACAAAUCCAGGGGAAUUCGCCCACUGCACUGGGACUGGCAUGCAUGCAAGCGCUUCUGGCCCUUGGGAACGACUUCCGGAAAGUCGUGUGGGGUUUGCUACAGCGUCCGGUGCUCCUGGAUUCGCUACAGCGUCCGGUGCUCCUGGGUUUGCCCCAGUGUUUGGUGAUCCUCCGUUUGCUAGAUCGGGCGUGCUUGCCGCUCCUAUUGCGCCCUCUCGCUUGACAUCGGUUGCCACCUCCCCUCUCCUCCAAGCUCCCCACACUGGCGAGAUGCACUUAUCGAGUGUGCCUAUUGCCAGGAGUGACAAUAUCGGGAGCCAGCGGCGGAUGGAUUCCUCCCCCCAUCCACCCACUCCUCACCACCACUCGCCCACCUCACGCCCGCUGGAACCCUUCUCUCCCUUCUUCUCUCCCUUCUCCUCUCCCUUCUCCUCCUAUCCCUCCUCCUCUCCCUUCCCCUCCCCACUCAUCUCCUCCCCCCCAUCCCUUCUCCCCCCACGUGUCUCGCCCCUGUUUGGAAGCCUCCCCCCUCCUUCCCCUCACCCGUUUCGUCUCCCCAGCACCCCUCCCACCAGCUAUCCCUUCUUUAGUAAUCCCCUCCCUGAUAAACCCCGUUUCAAUAAACCCCUCUCCGGAAGUGCUUUCUCCAGUUCCCCCUCCCCCAGUAAAUCCUUCUCCAGCUAUCCCCCCCCAAGAGUCGCCUCUGUCCUGGGCCGCUCCUGCUCAGCUCCCCUCAUCACUCCUGCCUCAAGCGAACCCUCUGAGAACGGCACAGCUGGUGCAGGUGAUAUUCAAGGUACACCUGGCGGAGGUGCCAUGCAGAUGGGGGCGGCUGGGCAAGGUACAACUGGUGGAGGUGUGUCUCGAGCAGAGGCUCCUGGUACAGUCCCUACAUGCCAAGCCGGCAAGCUGGGAUGUGCUACAGUCGAAGCCUGCCCUUGGGCAUCACCGUCGAUUCAUGCACCUCUGGGUCACAUGGGAGCUGCCACGUGUCACUCUGUGGGUCUGAUAUCUGCAGCAUCAAUGUGCAACGCCCAGCCUUCCUUGCUUUCAACCACUCUCCCUCUCCCUGUCAGCCUUCCACCGCACUCCACCCCUCCAUUGCCCUCCCUUCCACUCUCUGCUGCUCUGCAUGUGCCGCCGCCGUCGUCACCUCCAGGCUCUAGGGCGAACGAGCUGGAAGCAUUCUUCAAAAGAAGCCUCUGUCUUGAGACUCCUUGCUUAGAGUUUGAGGUCGAACACUUCUUCAAACGAAGCCAGAGUGUUGGGGGGCUGCAAAGGGCAUCUGAGCUGGAAGCGUUCUUACAGCGAAGCCUGGCAAUAUCAAGCGGUGAUAGUGUGCAGCUGGAUGACUCCGAUCGUAGGCCCAGGGUGGUAGAGGGCAAAGGAAGGGGCAAUGGCUUAUAGGCAGCACGUUGGGCAAGCAGCAGCAACAACCGCCUUGAGACACUCCAGAACUGGCAUUAAGACGGCACAUAGGUACAGCAGGCAGCAGCAUCAUCGGAUCCCACGUUUGAAAUGCAGCAAGGGCAGCACUAGCAGCAGCGGUGCGUAUUAAGGAUAAGAAUGCGAUGUACUACUCGGCUAUGACUGCCAGCAGUCACAACAGGUCCACGCAACAGAAUCCAUGGUAGAAGCUUGCAGCCUAAAUUGUCUGAGGGCUGAGUUGAUUGCACAGGUACCACGUGAAUGGUUGGUAGGGUCGUGUAGCAAUGCAAAUACAGGUAGGUGGAGUUAGGAAACAAACAAUGCUAAGCUAUCUUUGUGUUUAAGGUUCUUGAACUUGCAAAGA